CCUGCUGUCUUUGACAUACCACUGCAGUUCAACGUCUACCUGCUUUCAGGCUCUGACAACCCACAUGCCAUCUACUCAUCUAAGGGCAUCGGAGAGCCAGUGCUGUUCCUGGGUAGCUCUUGUGUUCUUCCCCAUMAAAGACGCGGUGGCAGCAGCCCAUGUAGAGGCUAGUAUGGUUGGGCCCUUUACCCUGGACAGCCCUGCUACCCCAGAGAGGACCUGUCUGGCCUGUAACACCCCCUUUACUCAGAAGAUUCCAGCCAGCAAACCAGGAUCAUUCCAACCAUAGGCUUUGAAUAUUCCCCGAAUUAAAACAACAUUAUGAUUUGU